AUGAAUUAUAAAUCACGCGACGCCCCAUCCUUUUUGAAUAAAUAUCUGUAAAGAGAUAUAAACCCUAAGCGACCUUUUGAGAGUUAAAACAAAUCUUACUAAAAAUAUGAUGUGUCUCCAUUAAUAAAACAACCUGUAAGAAAAACAUUAGAGUUAAAUUUCUCAAGUUUGGAAGAACAAUCACUUAAAAAAUAAGCAGUCUUGCCUAACUAUGAACCAACAAAAUGCUCAUCAGGUCGAAAUGGAAUAAUUAGAGCUUAUGCUGCUAAUACAAAUUAAGGAAUUGUGAGAGAUUAUAAUGAAGAUAGAGUUUCUAUAAUUUUGAAUAUAGUAAAACCAUAAAAUAGAGCAACAGAAAAUUGGCCGAAAUGUUCAUUUUUUGGAGUUUAUGAUGGACAUGGAGGAGCAGCUUGUGCUGACUUUUUAAGAGAUACUUUACAUUAAUUUGUAAUAAAAGAACCUGAAUUUCCAUGGAAUCCUGUAGGAGCAAUAAAAAAAGGAUUUGAAGCAGCCGAAAAUCAUUUUUUAGCAUAUGCAUUAGAUCAAUAUUCAAAAGGAAUCCAAGAAAGAAGUGGUUCUUGUGCCAUAGUUUGUUUAAUUGUUGGAGAUGUUUGCUAUGUUGCCAAUGUUGGAGAUAGUAGAGCUGUACUAAGUUCUCAAAAAGGGAAAAGAGUGACAAAUUUAUCAAUUGAUCAUAAACCAGAAACAGAAGCAGAGAGAAUCCAGAGAGGAGGAGGAAAAAUAUAUCAAACUUAAGGAGUUAAUGAAGAAGGAAAUUAAGUUACAGGACCAGUUAGAGUUAUGCCAGGAAGGUUAUCAGUUUCAAGGACUUUUGGAGACAUUGAAGCUAAAUUUGAAUAAUUUGGUGGAAAUUCAAAAGUUGUGAUAUCUGAACCAGAUGUCAAAAUAUUCAAAAUUAAUUAAGAUCAUGAUUUCAUCGUUUUGGGAUGUAAUUAAUUUCAGCUUAUGUUUAGGUGAUGGAAUCUUUGAUAAAAUGUCAUCUGGAGAUGUAGUUAAUAUAAUUUGGCAAGAUAUUUAAAAUAAUACAAAAUCUAACUUACAUUCAAUAUUAUCUACUGCUGUUGAUUCAGUUUUGAAAGAAGCAAUCUAUAAAAAAAGUAGUGAUAAUGUUACUUUAUUGAUUGUUGCUUUUUAAAUAAAUACAUAAAAAGAAGAAUAGAAAGAAAUUAAAUACACAUAUAGUAAUUCUGUUGAAAGAAUUGAAGAUUCCUUCCAUAUUCAUAGUAGACCAAGGAUAAGGUAAUUUUUUGAUUUAUUUUAAUUAGCCAACAAAUUACCAAAAGGAAUGAUGAAAAUUUCUCUUAAUUUAGUAGUCUAAAUUAUUGCAAUCAAGCUGUCUCUAUGCAUAAUAGUAAUAAAUCUGCUUUAGUUCAAAAUUUUCAGAAUAGACUUUUAAAAUAACAAUAAUAAAAUAAAAAGUCCUGUUUGGAUGAAGUAACAAAUAAAAUAAAAACUAGUUAUAUCAUUUGAUAAUAAUUAAUUAAUACA